AUGGCGAACGCCAGUGAGCUCGAAGAGACCAACAGUUCUCUUCAGAAUUACGCCAUCACCGCCUCCGCCGUCAAACUGGCUUCUCUGGGAUUGAUCAUCUGCAUCAGCCUGACCGGGAACCUGCUGCUCUCCUUCCUCAUCUUCAGAGAGCCGAGCCUGCACCGCGCUCCCUACUACUUCCUGCUGGACCUGUGCCUGGCCGACAUCGUGCGCUCGCUGCUCUGCUUCCCCUUCGUGAUGAUCUCCAUCAGCAGCGGCUCGGCCUGGACCUACAGCCUGCUGAGCUGCAAGAUCAUCGCGUUCGCCGCCGUGCUCUUCUGCUUCCACGCCGCCUUCAUGAUGUUCUGCAUCAGCAUCACCCGCUACAUGGCGAUCGCCCACCACCGCUUCUACUCCAAGAGGAUGAGCGUGUGGACUUGCGUGGCGGUCAUCUGCAUGGUGUGGACCCUGUCGGUGGCCAUGGCCUUUCCGCCCGUCUUCGACGUGGGCACCUACAAAUUCAUCCGGGAGGAGGAGCAGUGCAUCUUCGAGCACCGCUACGUGAAGGCGAACGACACCCUGGGCUUCAUGCUGAUGCUGGCGGUCAUCAUCGCCGCCACCCACCUGGUCUACGUCAAGCUCAUCUUCUUCGUCUACGACCACCGCAAGAUGAAACCCGCGCAGCUGGUCCCCGCCAUCAGCCAGAACUGGACGUUUCACGGCCCCGGGGCGACCGGCCAGGCGGCCGCCAACUGGAUCGCCGGCUUCGGCAGAGGGCCCACCCCGCCGACCCUGGUGGGCAUCAGGCAGACCGCCCACAACCAGAACAAGCGACUGCUCGUCCUGGACGAAUUCAAGAUGGAAAAGAGGAUAGGCAGGAUGUUCUACAUCAUCACCGUGCUCUUUCUGCUGCUCUGGUCCCCCUACAUUGUCGCCUGCUACCUGCGGGUCUUUGUCAAAGCCAGCACCAUCCCACAGGUCUACCUGACCGCUGCAGUGUGGAUGACAUUCGCCCAGGCGGGGGUCAACCCCAUCUUAUGCUUUAUCUUCAACAAAGAGCUGAGGAUUUGCUUCAGAACCCACUUCCCUUGUUUUCAAAGCACACAGACGCCCAGGGAAGCUUACUGCGUUAUUUAAAGACAUGGGAAGAGAAGGGACCCAUCCCCCUUUCUUCCCACAGCUUGAAAACCCACGCACUGCGCACAACACACGAAAAUCCAAUUUAAUCUUAAUGAUGUACAUGCAGUCGUUUGGCGGAUUAACCUUAGUCAGAGGACAGUCACGUCCAAUGGUUUCUGUUUACAUUGAAGAGGUGGGAGAGCUGAGUGGAGUGUUACCAGGACAAAUUAAUCUCUCUGGAAUACGAAUUUAAUGAGGCCACUUAUUAUUGGCAUAUCUGACAUCGUUGGCCCAAAUUUCGUAGAAUUAUCA